AUGACAUUAUACAGAUAUAAUAGUCAAAAGCAGAUUGUUGAGGUCAAUCUAAAGAGAGGUUCAUAUCUUUUUGAACUUUGGGGUGCGCAGGGUGGUCAAGGAUGCACAGAUAAUGUAAGUCUGACGGACUAUUAUGGUGGGAGAGGUGCAUUUGUAUCCGGAAAAGUCCACUUUUUCCAGAACCAGAAGCUAUUCCUCUUCAUCGGAGAGAAAGGUCAUGACCCAGAAAAAUGCACUCCAAAGUAUAAUGGAAAAGGAGGAUUCAAUGGUGGUGGGGAUUCAGGAUUUGAUCCACUUGAUGAUGAUCCAUCAGGGGGAGGUGGAGGCGCCACUGACAUAAGAUUGAUUAAUAAAUUUGACAUGUCGUCUCUUUAUAGUCGAUUAAUUGUAGCAGCAGGCGGAUCGGGUUCAUCAUUUAAAACUUUUGGUGCGCCUGGCGGAGAUUUAACCGGAUAUAAAGUUGACAGCUACUUUGCGAAACAAUUUUCUAAAUCUGACACUGACCAAACGCAUGGAUAUUCUUUGGGCCAGGGGGCCGAUGGUGCAAAUACCACUCAUGCUCCAAGUUCUGGUGCCGGAGGAGGUUACUAUGGCAGUAAUGCAGGGAAAACAUCUGAAAAUCGUAAUAUGCAUUACGUUUCUGUUGCAUCAAGCGAUUCUAGUUUUAUCAGCGGAUAUAAAGGGUGUAAUGCAGUAGAUGAGUAUGGACAACCAACGAAUAGUCCAAACCAUUAUUCAGGCAUUGUCUUUUAUGACAUGAAGAUGCUUAAUGGCAAUCAAACAUUCCUCAGUCCAGACAAUAUUCUUGAAGAAGGCCAUAUAGGUGAUGGUGCCAUUCGCAUUACUUCACUAGAUAUAUACUCAUGUAUCUGUAACUUUAAUAAGAAUUAUUAUAUAUCGACUGCUAUUAUAUUUACCAUUUAA